AGUUCUUGUUUGGCGUUGAAACCGAAUGCACGUGCGUGAAAGGAUAUGUGCGCUGAAACGAGUCGAAAGGCAUGCAAAGGAUUGCGGCAUAUUAUGUGGGAAAACGUGAUAAACUCGUGCUGAAACUUCGGUUGAUUUUGUAUGCGGAGCUAUAAUUUAGGAGGGAAAUGGAAACCAAUGAGAGACUUUCAAAUUUUGUUGAAAAAUAUAUUCAGCUGUGAAAGCAAGGACAUAAGUGAUGUGAAGAGCAGUAAUGAUACAAAAAUAAUUACAACUUGCGGCAAUGUGCAAAAAAGUUUUGGAGUGAAGUGAUGUGGUUGACAUCUGUAUAUAUGUAUUUCAAAAAUGAAGAAUAAAGUUUAAAACAAGAAAAUCGUGUCUCUCAAAAAAUCAAAUAUUAUGUGUCUAAUUAUCAGAUGAAAUAAUUCAAAUAAAAUUAAAUAUUAUUUGUCUAAAUAUCAGAUGAAAUAAUUCCGUAUAAUAAAAGCCCCGAAGUAUAUAUCAUGUGUAUAAAUACUAGUACAUAAGUGACCUAUAUCAUAAUUGGAAAAAUUUGGUAACAUCGACAUGCUAUUGCUCAGGCAUGAUGCAUGAUCGUGACCAUCUAGCACUUAAAUAACGGCUGGUAUAUUAUGGAAGUAUUUGAAAGUUGGUAAAAAUAAUUGUAUAAACAAAUUUAGAAUCAUUAAAGAAGAUCAUAAAAAUGUGGCACAUCAACUGUUGUUGCGGAUAUGUCAACUCAAGAAAUAAUGGCGCGAAAAGUACGACAUAAGUAAUUCUUGCUCUAAAACGAUUAAACUUAAGGAUACUAUUGAAUGAAGAGCGCUGUAGACGUAUGUACGUGUGGUAAUAGUAAAGGAAGCAAAAAAUGAAAUUCACAUUAGAGGCUCGAAUUUUUUUACUCAGCGUUAGUUUAUUGGAUGGUCUCGCCGGACUGCGUCUGGUGAAGGUCUCAAUACCAGCUUUCAAAUUUCGCGGUGAGUCUGCCAUGCUCGAAUGCCAAUACGAGUUGAAUCGCACAGGCGGCCCGCCAUAUUAUGGUGGCGUCGGCAGCAACAUCGGAAGUGAAGUUUUAGUCAGUGACGCUGGCAACCGACAUCGCAGUUACACACGAACGCGCACACGCACGAACACACGCAACCGUUAUGGCGGCAAUAUGCAUUUCUUCGAUGCACAUCACUUUGUGGCCAUGAGACCGAAAUUUAGGCGACACAAACGUCAAUACUCCUACCAGACGGAGCGACUGCAAAUGCAUCAACAACAGCAACAGCAGCAAGAGCACCAGCAGCAACAACAAUACCAGCAGCAGCAUCAAACCUAUCCAUAUCAGCCAUCGCAAAGUUAUAGCAGCAGCAGCAGCAGCAGCAGUGACAUAAAUGGCGCUGGCAGUUAUUAUCAGCAGCAACAGCAAAAGGAAGAAGACGAGCAACAGCACUACCCAUAUCAAACGCAGCGCUCUCCCUACGGGCAUAGCGUUUAUCGCGGCGCGGCCUUCAGCCAAGCGUUGGGCAUACCCGGCUUCAGUAAUAGCGGCGUCAGCAGCAGUAGCAGCAGCAGCAGUGGCGCGCAUGUUGGCGCCAGUACCUUCACUAGCGGUGCGCGUGGUGCGACGGCAGAGGGGUCGUCGCAUCGCUACAAAUUCGGCGACGGCGUCGAUGAUGACGAGGAGGCGGAGGAGGAGGAAGAUGACGCAGUGGAUGAUGAUGAGGACGAGGACGGUGAAGCGCUGUAUGCCAUAAAAUGGUACAAGGACAACGAGGAGUUCUAUCGCUUUGUGCCGAAAGCGCGCCCGCAGAAGACGAGUUAUCGCUUUGAUGGCAUACGUGUCAGUGAGGAGCACUCAGACAGUUGGCGCGUCUUUCUGCGCGGCCUGACGCUCAACUCUUCCGGCGUGUACCGUUGCGAGAUCUCAGCUGAGGCGCCCAACUUUUCGUCGGUGCAGGGCGAGGGCCGCAUGGAUAUCGUAUUUUUGCCCCGCGAUGGUCCGCAUAUCCGAGGCCAACAAAAUCAGUACCAAAUAGGUGACACCUUAGCGUUGAACUGCACAUCGGGAAAGUCACAUCCAGCAUCACGAUUGCAGUGGUUGAUUAACGAUCAACCGGUGGUCGACGACAGCUAUCUGGUAGCCUACAAUGACACCGUGCACAAACAUGGCCUCAUAACGUCAAUGCUCGGCCUUGAGUUGACAGUUGAUGGACGUCACUUUCAGGACGGCGAAAUGCGCGUAAAAUGCCUGGCCAGCAUAUCGCCGGUGCUGUGGAGCGGCGACAAGGAGAGCGUGUUACAGCGACGGCGCGGCAUUAUUGACAACCGAGAGGCAAUGCUCCUAGUACGUGGUUCGGCCGUUCGGUUACAUCCUUUGGGUAAUUUCCUCUCCAGUCUGCGCCUGCUGACCGCCGUCACAAUACUAACAAUAAAAUGUCAAUUACUACUGAGCACCGACCGAGCAUAAACGCAACAAAUUAGCCACACACCAACACUAAGACAUGCCUGCAUCGGCACACACGCACAAGCGUGCGUAAUAACGAAAGUCAAUAAAACACAAAAUAGCAUAAGUACAGUUAACCAAAGACAAACUAAACAUAAGUUAGUGCAAAGCAAAUAAAAGUGUGUAAGAAGAAGGAGAGAAACUGCAAGUCUUGCAGUUGCAUGCAUGCCAGCGAGUGUGUUAAAGAGUCUUGCGCUGACUUUGUGGUCGGCGUGGCGUAUACGCAACAUUGCAUUCAACUAUAGUGGCUAACUUGCAUACGGUUAAGUUAAAGUUAAGGUUUGUGAAAUACUUUGUGCUAGCAAUAAAUUGAUUUGUUCAGUAGAAAUUGCAUGCAAUUAAGCGAAAGACACGCAGAGAAGUUUGGUUGUUGAAAAUACUGUAAAUUACAUAAAAACUAUUACAUAAUAUAUAACUCAAUACAAGUAUAUAGUAAAUGUAAGCAAAAAGCAGCGCAAACUUGUUAUGUAUAUUAGAUCCAAAAGUAACUUUCAAAAAAAAAAAAAAAUAU